AUUUGAGAUUUUUUUUUAAUCUGAGGAUGAUUGAAAUCGUACUAUGAUGAUAACAGAUUAAUUGAAAUGGCUUAUGCAGGCAGGAUAGCUAUUUUGCUUACUUGUUUGGACUUUGGAGUCAGGGAGCCUGAUUUCUAUGGAGCUAUUUGGGAAAUCUAUCCUUUUUAUUCCAAGGUUGCCUGAGGAUUAUGCUGUCUGGUUAAGGGAGAUAAAGCCAUUGUCGCACUUUAAGGAAACGUAUAUGGUUGACAUGGUUUACUAUGUGGAUGAAGAGGUUAUCCAAGUCUUGAGUGAACAAUUCAAGGGAUCUGGAAAGCCCAUGUUGUAUCACAAGGAGUCGAUUCUAGUGAUUUGGAGCAAGUAGUGCCUGAUACUUAUCAAAUAUUGUGCAGGUCAAUUGUAAAUUUACAAGUGGCCAGAGUCUAAUCUACAAUGUAAGUGCCUCAUAAGAUUUGUUAAACGUGGAUGUAGUAUAGUUCUGUGCUUCUUUUUUUUCUUUCUAUUUUUGUUCACAAUUCAGAGUUUGGUGACGCUCUUGAAUCUUUAUAUCUAUCUUGGUUCUUUGA